AUGGCAUUGCUUUAGUUAUCUGAUGUUUCAAGUUUAUUUUGGUGAUGUUUGAUCACAUGACGAUUCCAGUAUUGGGUUUCUUAUCAUGUUGUCGCCUCUGUGAAGGUCUGUCUUCUGUGCAAUAAAAACUCAGAGCGAUAUACUAUCAGACCAAAGCAGGGCAGCGCAGAUCUGAGGAGAACGAUGAAGAGGAAACUCCUGCUGGUGUCAAACUCCACUCUUCACGGAGGAGGAUAUCUACAGCACUGCCAGCAGAACAUUCAAGACUUCUUUGGAAAGGAAGUAAAGAGGGUCUUGUUUGUCCCGUAUGCUCUGCAUGAUCGAGAUGCUUAUACCAAGACGGCCAGAGACAAGUUCAAGAGCCUGGGAUAUGAGCUGGACAGUGUCCACGAGACUCCUGACCCUGUCGAUGCUGUCAGGAAAGCUGAAGGAAUAUUCAUUGGUGCUCUGGUUUCCCCCACAAAUCCAAAAGCCGUGCUAGAUGAAUUGGGUGGCGGUAACACAUUUCGCCUGCUGAAAGCACUUUACGACAACAACCUGGUGACUGAGAUAAGAAAGCGAGUUUUUCAGGAUGGAGUUCCUUACAUGGGAUCGAGUGCAGGAAGCAACGUCUCCACCGUCAGCAUCAACACCACCAAUGACAUGCCCAUCGUUUUUCCACCCUCAUUUAAUGCCAUUGGUUUAGUGCCCUUCAACAUUAACCCACACUACCUGGACACCGACCCCAACAGCAGACACAUGGGGGAGACCCGUGAACAGAGAAUCAUCCAGUACCACGAGGAGCAGGACACACCAUCUGUUCUGGGUCUUCGGGAGGGCUCAAUGUUGUUAGUGGAAGGAAACAAAGCCACUUUACUUGGCUGCACCAAAGCACGACUCUUCCAGAGAGGGAAACAAACCAUGGAGUAUGAACCGGGCAGUGACCUCAGCUUCCUACUGACAGAUGCACAGUGAGCUGCUAAUCAUGUACAAUGCAGCCAUUUCUACAUUCAAAAGUAAAAUCUUCACUAAAUUUGACAUUUCUCACAGUUAUUUAUAGUUGUUUGAUAUGAAUAUGUUGCAUCUUGUGACAUCAUAUCCUGUUUUUGUGUCAAAUCACAGUGGAAUCAAAGAUCCAUAUUUUUACAAGUCCAUAUUUCAACUUCUGUGACGUCUGUUUCAUCACUGUAGAUGAUGUAAGAAAAGUGUUAUAUGAACUUUAGCCACUGAAGACCACUGGUACUGUAUGCAAAUCAAAGGCAAAUAAAGCAAAGUAGACAUUCAUAAA